UCGUCUGCAAGUGGAAAGUACAGCUUUUGAAAUAAUUAAUAGUCACAUGCCUCGGAAAGUACUUUUUUUUCCGGGGUAGUCGAGUGGAUAUGAUUGUCGCGGUUACACAAUGAACUGACCAAGAAGACGAAGUCGGUGGCGUGGGAUGUUCGCCAAGAAAGUGACACGUUCUCUCAGUUGCUACAUGUCCAGCUGAGCUGGGACCGCACUGCAGGAAAAAAAAGUUCAAGGCCAACACCCGAACCCAACCUGGAGAGUUUAUUACUCAAAGGCAAAACCCCAAGCUAGCUCAGUUUUGUGCUCUGCUCCGAAUCGGACACUGGUUUUCCUCUUCCGCUUUCUUUAAUGUUCGGAAAGUCCCGGGGCAUUUUCUGAAACCACAAAGAUCAUAUCCGCCCAACUUUGUAGUCUCUUUGCUAAUGUGUUCACGUGAUGAAAAGUUGCUCUUUAAAACAAUAUGGAAGUUUUGAGUCCAAAUUAUAAAUAAUAGACAGUGUUUUGGAAAGUUAGUGUACUGAUAGAGAUUGGCUGGCUAACCAGCGUGAGGUUUACUUAUACUUCAGAAUUUUUAUUAUUAAGUGUGAAACACGCGGAAGUUAUGUUUAAAUUGCUGGAUUUGCAAGCAUUUGUUUUAACAUUAGAUUUAGAGAGCGGUAACAUUGUCGGCUGGUCUGUACAAUAUUCUGCACCUGAUGCUGAGUAAAUUUCCUGGUGAAACUGAAUCAAAGCCACUUCCUCUUUCUCAACAAGUAGGUUGGAAGGCCGGCGACAAGGCGAGAACUGUUAUAGUUGUUGGACAAUACGGUCUGUCACUGAAGAAUGGAAGGCAAAACAAUCCUGCUGCCCCAUUCCACACUCAGUCUUGAAUUGCAGCGGAGACUUGACAAGGAUCCUAAGCUUCACCAGGGGGACGAAAGCAAAAAGAUCACGGCAGCUGAAAUUGUUUUGGGAGAGAGUGCCUCAGGAACACCAAAUGAACCAUUUCAGUUGCUGCAAAAUGUGAAUGAGUUUGGAGCUGAGGGGAAUGCAACGUUUAUCACAGAAAGCAUGAGUGUAACUACAGCUGAUGAAGAGAAGCUGCUGCUGCUCAACAGGAACACUGAACUGAGACGCAUGAACAAAGAGCUGAUGAAACUCAACCAAGACUGGGAUCAGAUCUAUUGUGCAACCACGACUGGACUUCAGCAAAGAGUGGCAACCCUCCAAAUGGAAAUUUCUGACACUAAUCAGCAUGCCAAUGCACUUUCCAAGAAACUGGACAAUGAGCAGCACAAAAGAGAGUAUUACGAGCAGUCAUUAAUCCAAGAGAUGAAGAAAAAUCAACAGCUCCAAGAAUAUGUGAGACAAUUGGAAAAUAAAUUACACAACAUGAAACAGACUGUCCAACCAACCUCGAAAGAUGAACCAUGGAGACAAAUUCUACACAAUGAGAAAUCAAAUGACAUCUAUCCGCAGUCACAAACAGAACAUAAAGACAUAAUACCCUCCUCACCAAAACGUGUUCAAAUCUCUGAGAAGCCAAGGGACCACAGUCAGUGCCGACUGACAAAGGUAGAAACAGCCCGACAUGCAAUCAGCAAUGGAGUGUCUCAAAAGGAGUGUAAAGAGCUUCAGGACCAAAUGCUUGCUCUCGUCUGUCAGACAAAGCUUUAUGAAUCCGAUUAUAAGACAGAACGCAAAGACCGACAGCGCACACAAGCUGAAAAUGAGAAGCUGAGGAAGAAAACAGAGGAAAUGUGUUUUCAAAUGAACCUUCUUCAACAGCAGCUCAAGGUUUACGAGGAUGAUUUCAAAAGGGAAAGAUCUGAUAAGGAAAUUCUACAGCGUCUUCUAAAAAAUAAAUCAGAAAGUAAAGAGCCGGUUCUGAUUCACCGGUGCAACAACACUCACCAGAAAUCAGAGGCGAGGAGAAUACAAUGUGGGAAGCACUGUGUGGAACGACAUACUGAAUGUUCAACACACCAUAGAUGCAGAGGUGCAGAAAUUCAGGCAGACACAUACUCCAUAGGUUAUCGUUAAAAGAAAAUGCUGAAAUUGGAAAGGCAUUAUCAAAAGUACAUUCAAUACUGCGGAGGACUUGCCAUGCUAGUGUCUUUAUUCAGAAAUGAAGCAAGAAAACCUAGAAUCAUAAUGCAUGUUAAUGUUAUGUCAAUGUUAUGUCUGAUAGCUUCAUGACCUCGAUAGGACAGCAUCUUAAACAUGUGAACACAUUAACACAUUUAUAUAAAAUGCUGUCGUGUCUCAUUUUAUAAAUGGGUUCAUAUGCUGUAAUUAAAAUAGCAAACAGAUGUGUUUUACACAAACACAAUUUAUUACUAACAUCAAUGCAUAAUGUAUUUUUUAAUUCAGGACUUAAUUCUGUGUUUAUUUUUACUUGUGUAAUGUAUAUCUAAAUGAUGUUUUGCCUUUUCAUUGGGUACAAGUGCUCAAUAACUACCACUCGAGUGGGAAGAAAGAUCGCUUUCUUGCUUAAACUGAUACUACCAUUUAGAUAUAUGUUAAUAUUACAGGUAGGUUAGUAUUGUUCACUUUGAACCAGUAAAAUAAAUUUGGUACUUCUGAUUUAUUUUGAA